GAAUCGAAUCCAAACUCAUCCCUAACCAUUUACGAGUCCAAAUCUGUCCCGCUGACCCAUUUUAUCACCCCUACUAAAAUCCGCCACGCGUAACGCCGGCUCCCACAUCUUUGCUCUCCCUCUUUUCAUUGGCAUAACGGUCGCAAGCAACGCUUACCCGCCAGCUCCCAUUGCUCCUCCUCUCCUCCUCCGCUGAUCAUCCAUGGCGAUUUCUAUCCCUACAGCGAUCUUCUCAAACCCCCUCUUUCACAGCAGAAACAAUAAAGUCCAUAAUUCGACUCUUCCGUUCCCAAAACCAUCACAGAAUCACAACGUUACCUUCCCUCCCUAUCUCAAAGACUGCAGCGAGAAUACUAGACAUUCAUCGUCACGAAGCUGCGUCACAGUCUCGGCAGUCUCUGGUUCUCCGGGAAUUGAUAAACGUUCGGUGCUCGGCGAAGAUACCACGGACUUACUGGAUAGAGUAGAGGUGUUUGAUUUGGAUGGGAAUGGGAUUCCGAUUUCCGAUUUGUGGAAGGAUAGGAAAGCUGUGGUCGCAUUUGCUCGCCAUUUUGGAUGUGUCCUGUGUCGCAAGCGAGCUGAUUAUCUUGCUUCCAAGAAGGAUAGAAUGAGUGCAUCUGGCGUGGCACUUGUUUUGAUUGGACCAGGUAGCAUUGAUCAGGCAAAAACAUUCUUUGAGCAGACUAAAUUUCAGGGAGAAGUGUAUGCAGAUCCUAGCCACUCAUCAUAUGAGGCAUUGAGAUUUGUUUCUGGGGCAUCAACCACAUUCACACCUGGGGCUGGUCUGAAGAUAAUACAGUUAUACAUGGAAGGUUACCGACAAGACUGGAAGCUUUCUUUCGAAAGGGACACAGUGACCAGAGGCGGCUGGCAACAAGGGGGGAUCAUUGUUGCAGGUCCUGGUAAACACAACAUUUCAUAUGUCCACAGGGACAAAGAAGCAGGAGAUGAUCCAGAUAUUGAAGAUAUCCUGAAAGUAUGUUGCUCAUGAAGAUUCAAAUGAGGCAUUGCUUAACUUUUAACUCUCUCUGUCUGUAAUGUGUAUCCCACCUUUUGGCGCGGGCCCUGCAUCCAGGGGUUUCUCACUGUCUCCUCCUCGCAGGAGUUCCACAGUCUUAGUUUUCAAAACCCUAAUUAGUUUGGGUCCAGGAGGCUGCUAAGGCUGUCUUAAGUUCAAAGGAAAUUUGCUGGUCAUAUAUUUUUUUUUUCUUGUUUUGGUUCAAAUCUUGUACGAAAAAUUCUGAAUAAUUUUACAGCUUUUGCUGACAAUUGUAGUGCACUAUUCAUAAACAAUUAAUGGAUAAUAAGCAUUUUGCACA